GCACACCACCUUCCUCUCCGCCUCUAUAAAUACCUAUCGAUCCCCACAGGACAAACUCCAUGCCGAAACAACCACCUCUUGCAGUCUGUAUAGCCUCUUCGGUACCUGAAACUCUGCCAACUUUCUUCAUCUCUCUCUUCCUAUCGACAUUUCAAGCCUCGACACUUCCAACUUAUCUGAACUUUUGUCAUCUUCUCUAACCUCAGUUCUGCAAAGAUGAAGAGCAAGGCUUCCACCUUCCUCAAGCAGGUAUUCUCUGCUAUUGUCAGCAUGGUGAAGGCCAAGUCUAUGGCCGUGAAGAGCAAAGCUAGUGCUAUGAAGAGCCGGCUCCUCAUUUUUGGACUCCUUCGGCACAGGAGGCUGCUGAUGAGUGCAAUCAACCACAAGAUCCAUGCACUGAUGGGCCAAGAGAAAGAAGGAGGAAGUCCCACCAACACUGAGGACCGCAGCAAGGCGAUAGUGCUUUAUAAUGCAGGUAAAAACGAGGAUCCGCCAAGCACCAUGUAUACUGAGGCAGUCAGCUGCGAAGAUGGCUAUGAUGAUGAUGAUGAUGAUGAUGAUUAUCCAGACCUUACGCACUCACUAUUUGAUGAUGAGGAUGAGGAUGAUGGACUUGGUGACGCUACUGGAUCGGUGAUCGAUCUGGUUAGGAACUCCAAGGAGGAUGGCUCAGAAUUCAGGCUCGAGGACGAGAUCGACCAUGUGGCUGAUGUGUUCAUAAGGAGGUUCCGUAGGCAGAUGAGGAUGCAGAAGCUGGAGUCCUUCAAGAGGUAUCAAGAGAUGUUGGAAAGGAGUGUGUAGGAGGAUUAAUUCAAUGAGGAUGAAAGAAAAGCUCCUUUGGGUUUUGCAAGUGAGCUUUAGAGAUGAGCCUGACCCAGAGAGGAACAAAGAAAGGAAUUGUAGGUAUCAUCAUCUGGCGUAGUGGUUGAUCUCUAGGAUCUCUCAGCUUUUAAUUACUCGAUUGGAGCUAUGUUUUAUUAGUUGUAGAAAAAAGGCAUGUAUCCAUUUGUGUAAUUAUGAAAUAACAAAAGGCCAUGCAACAUUUAUUUUGGAGGAAGGCAUAGUCCUUAAAGCUGUUUUAUCCCUGGAAUUGUAGACAUGGAAAGCAUGCAUGUUUCAUCCCCACAAGUUACGGAGUACGAUCUGAUGUAUCUAUAUGGAUACUGAUUCUCCUGAACUCCCAGUGAUGAGUAAAGUGUGUUGCAAUAUUGUAACCUGUAUGCCAUGGAAAUAAAUAUAAUUUCUGAGACAGGAUCUGAAAA